ACUACCACCACUACCACCGUACCCACGCAUGCAUUUGUGUAUUGUGCCUUUGCUGUACAAUAAUACAAAUACACAUGUACAUUUAAAUGUGUGAUGCGAUCCAUAUCCUGCACGAGCUCAGCGUAGCGCAUGCAUAUCCGCACUAGGUCAGCUUGCUCAGCCCAGGUCAGGAGAGGGCUACAUUUUUGCAUAGCAAUCGACGAAAAUUGGGAACGAAAAUGGCUACUAAAGACGCAUUUGAAGGUCUUGAUGUAACUGCCGACGAAGUGCAGCGGAUCGAGAAGGCUUUGAAGAACGAAGAGUUCCGCAAAUUAUUUGUCGAGUAUGCUCAAGAAAUUUCUGAUCCUGAAAACAAGAAAAAAUACGAAGAGGAGUUGGCAGAGUUGGAAAGGUCGCGAGGCAUGGACGUAAAGUUUUUGCAUCCCAAACCUGGAUACGUGUUGAAGACAAGCAUCGAUGGAGAAAAGAAGGCAUUCAUCAAUAUUUGUAAGAAUGAGAGUAUAGGUAAGCCUCAAGCGACAAAUUCUGCUCAGGGUAGUGGGAAUGCAAGAAAAAUGGGUGUCGAGUGGUCCUUGCCCCACAGUUUGGCUCCGGGUCGUGAUGAUUAUGAUCAUGCAGGGAAAAAGUGUGUGGUGUAUGAUUGCAUGUUUCAUCCAGAGUGCUUUGAAAUGAUAACUAAAGAUAGCAGAUUUCGGACGUUAAUGAACAGUUCAGCUAUAGACGGGAUAGAGAGAGAAUUCAAAGUUAAGUUGGAUCGCAAUAAUGUGAAAAAGCCUAAAAUGACGUUCAAAGGCCGUCCACAGGCGACUGUUCUAAGAACUCCAAGUCAAGCUGGUCCAACAGGUGAAAACUCAUUAGAUGCCCUCAAUCUAUCCUACCCGUAUGACCAGUCAACGAAGCCGGAAACGCUCAAUCAGCCUGCCAAAACGCCCUCCAAAAUAUCAGGGAAUAGAGAUUCAGAAAGAAAGACAAAUGAUGAGAAGAAGCUUGAGAAGAAAGAUGGCUUCACAGAGCCAAAGUACUCCAUUGUUCAUCGGGGUCACUUUGACUUGCAGCAGUUCACCUACGCUCGGGAUUCAGCGCCAAGCACCAGGCCUCAAGAGCUGAUUCUGAAGGUGGCUCCCCUCUUGAAGUCUGCUGCCACCGUUCAGUUGGAUGUCUUUGAGAAACGCAUCUUCCUGGAAUGCAAGAAACCAGUCUUUUACCGUCUUGAUCUCCCACUACCUUAUCCUGUGGAUGAAGACAAGGGAAGUGCAAAAUUUGACAAGGGCAGAGCAUGUCUCAUUAUCACCUUGGCUGUUCUACCCCCAACUAAAGAGAAUGAUGCCAUCUCCCCUGAUUGCAAUGAUGAUGAGGAAUCUACUGUUGGCUGUGAAAAGUCUGACACAAGUGCAAACCAGCAAGAAGAUUCAGAUGAAGUCAAACCAGGGGAUGGUGACCUUGGAAGUUCAUCUGAUCAUGAGAUCGCAUCCUCUGUUGGAGCUGAUCCUACCAGUGUAUUGGGAAACAUCCAAGAGCAGAAAGUCACACUCAUCAUCAGGGAAGCAAACGUAGACGAAGAGUCUUUCAAACUAGACACAGUGAAUGGGGGAAAGAUGGUGGAAGCAAUGUUCAAGAGGACUAAAAUGGCUUCAGAUACAGCAGAGGAGAUGUUCACUCUCCUCGUAAGUUGUGAGGAAGGGCAGACUUUAGAUGCGAAGGUGAAUACUGAUGUCUCCAAGCUCAAUGUGGUCCUGGUAUUCAAGAAGAUGGAAGGAAGUGGAUGCUUGUGGUCUGCUCUUAAGGCUGGUGUGUCUGCAGAUGCUCUGGAGGAGAAACGUUUUGCAACAGAGGAGAGUCUGGAAGAUGCUCUGGAGGAGAUAACAUCCGAUGAAGGCAGGAGCAAGGAGACGAUGCCAUGCUCUGUAUCCGAGUUCUCCACCGACUGCGUCAAGGCUCAGUUUCAAGUCACUUGUGAGGUAGCAGACAAUGGAAAGAGUUCACAAGCCAGUGCCAAACAUAAAGGAGAAUCUGAUGGAUCUAAGAAGGCAUCUGUGAGAUCUAAAGAGUCCAUCAUCCCAGCCUUGGACCUAGGACCUGCAGCAGAUGAGACCAAGGAGGAGAGUGAUGUCAGUUCACGUCACAGUGAUUCUCAUCUUAAGAGUGCUUUGAGGAGUCCUCGCAGGAGAGCAUGUAAGUCGGUCAGCUUCAGUGAAGAAGUCUUGGUGGAACUCUUCCUUGAUGGUCCCAAGAAACCCAAGAAAGGAUACAACAAGAAGAAAGGAGGACGCCGCACCCCAUUCUUUGGUCCUAGACGCAUGAUUGAGAAGCUGAAGGACAACUCCUGGGAGUAUUUCAGUGAUUCUGAACUCCUGCACCACAAAGAUGGAAGUACAGAGGAAUAUGAAGAUCUAGAAUGGAAGUGGCAACCAGACCAGGUCCUAAUGCGACAGUCCAGCAGCGAGUCAGAGUCAGGCCAGGAGAUCCCGUCCUCUCCCCGCACUAAUGGUAAGAAGUCCAAGGGAUCUAGGCGCCGGAGAAAAGAAAAGGCGCGGCGCGAGGCAAGCUCGGCAGCAAGCAAUGGUGUUGAAAGUUCUGACACCAAUGAGAACCACAUCAAACCAAGUUCUCCCGGUGAUAUUUCACCUCUCACAAAUGGAGUAGAGUCUGAUGCUAAGAAACAAAGCUCCAAGCUUAAUGGUGAAGCCCAAGAUCUACCAGAAAACAGCGAUUCAAAGAAUAAUAAUGAUGAAAUCAAGAAAAGCAAUGAAAAUGAUGAGCUCCCUCUUGAAAUGCAGGACCACAAAACAAAGUGUGCUUUUGAAUUCUCUAACCAAGUUAUCUUUGAUCUUGAUGAAUAAAGAUCUCAGCAAAAUGAUCAUUUUUGCCAUUCUCCUUGAUGGAAUAUUCUGUAUAUUAGGGGUAUGACCAUGACCAUUAUAUCUAAAAUUACAAUAUUUCAGAUGACAGAUACCAAUGUCAUACUUAUUGUUUUCCUACAAAAAAAGAUGACAUCGCUCCAAUGCCUCUGCAGCUCAGGCUAGAAAAAGUGACAAGUGAAUUUUGAUUGAUAUUGAGUUAUCAAAAUAUUUUGAAUAUUAAUCAGAUGCCAAGUGUGCAGCAGCAAUAUUUGAAAGCUUUUAAAGUUUUCACUCAGGUAUUUCAUUUAAUGGUGAUACCUACAUGUAUAAAUAUUUUAUUUGCCCAAAAUCAGUGACAAGACAAUCCUGUUUCUCCCAUUUAAUGAUGCCUCGCAUAAAAAUGGUGUUUGUGUCAACAUUAAAUCUACCACCACAAGAGAUUUAAUGCUCGAAAAUAUAUUUGGAAUAUUCAAAAUGUUCGAAAAUAUAUUUGGAAUAUUCAAAAUGCUCGAAAAAUAUAUUUGGAAUAUUCAAAAUGCUAGGAAAUAUAUUUGGAAUAUUAAAAAUAGUUAGGAUUGAUAUUGAUUGGUGAUCCUCAUUGUGGUGUUUUCCUGAUUUUCAAUUAAUACUUCUAUAGUUUCAUCAACUAAACUUUUGAUGAACUAAUCGAGUUUGGCUGUUUGAUUGAGUUUAAUAAUGUACAUGUACGUGUAACUACCUUGAUCAUUUGCUGAUUCAUAAUUUGAUAUUUACCUGUCCGUUACAUAUUUGUAAAGAGCUUGAUGCGUAUUACUUUCAUGGAUGGAAUAUGAUGUGUUAUAUAUGAACUGAAGUCUGUACAGAAGUAGUCCAUACAGUAUGUGAAUAAAUGCUGUAGAAGUCUGUAGAUAAAGGAGAAUGUGUUUAUGAGUAAUAGCAUCAUCGUAAUAAUCUUUAAUACUUAGUGACUUAAUUUGACUUGAAGUAAAAUCAUCAAUUUUUGCCAUAUUGUAAAGACAGAUGCCUUGAUGAUAAUUAUAAUUAAUGUAAAUGGAUCUACCUUUGAUAGAUAUCAUCAUAGGAACACAUCAAUGAAUGUGAGACCAGAUAUGGAAUCAGACUUGUAGUAUAAUGUAGAGGUAUGUUACAAAUGACUGUUAUUAUGAUGUUAGGGAGAAUUGUUGUUUGCGUUUAAAUUGAAUUUUCCUUCUCCUUUUUAGUAUUUAGGAAAAAAACCUGAGGCAAUUACCAUCAUUGAUAUGUUAUGUGUUUGAAAAGUAAACAACUACGGUAUACAACUAGUUGUAUUUUGUAUUCAACCAAUUUCUAUGUGAAAUUAUUUGUAGAUAUUUUGACAAAUUCUUGAAAAUACCCAAGAGAGACCUUUACAAUGUGCCUUUAGAAAGCGUCUACUCAGAGAUCCAGAAGUGCGUUAUGUAACUCUUCGUAAUAGUCUCUGAGUUAACAACCUUCCCAGCAGAUGAAAGGGUAAUCUCACUGCCAUACUUGUGAAUUAAAAAGUAUACUGAACCAUCUAUUUUGGAAACUCAUACUUGGAGUAAUAUGAAGUUGAUUUUUGUAUGAAUCUAUUGUAUAAAGCGCUUCAUGUGAGUACAUGUAAGUCCUUUGAUUGUCAUAAUGUUAAUCUGUGCCAUUGAAUGACCUAAAUUUCCAUUUAAUGUUAUAUUUUUUGAAUUAGUAAAUGAUACAAAUUGCAAAAUACAUGAAAAUAUAGUAUGGAAUUUGAUUCUUUUGCUGAAUUUGUAACUCUUUAUGUAAAUAUUCCAGAAGAAAUUGGUGACUUUUGAUUUGCCAAAUUGAAAAAGUGUGACGUAAAACUUGCUUACCGUAAAUUUUAUUUCCUUAUGUCCCAAAAGAUACCUUGACAAUUCAGCAUUGAGAUGCAUUUAUUUUGUAUAGUGUGUCAUUAUAUUAGUAAUAAAUGAACUGUGAAUGAUACCUAAGUUGAGUGUUGAAAGUGAACUACAGACUAGACUGGAGUCACCCUUUUUCUUGAAAUUUUAUGUUACCAGCAGACUUAACCAGCAGCUUGAUUGGAAACAUGAUGGAUGUACAUGUACAGGUAGAUAAGUCAUGUAAUGGGGUACCUGUUUUUCUAGCAUUGAUGAGUGACUUUGAGCUUUAAAAGGGCCUUAGCUUUAAAAUGUUUUGAUUUUGAAAUGAAAAAUGUCUUGAGAAUUUUCGGGGAAAAAAGAAGAAAACCUUUGUUCUUUGUACCUGUACUCUGAAAUUUGAAUUAAAGUAUUAUUUUGAUGUAAGUGUUUAUCAGUUUGAAAUAUGAUUACUGGUAAUCAUAUGAUAUGUAAUUUUCUGUAUUGAGCCAGUGCACCCUAUAUAUUUCCUUCUGAUUAUAGGGCACACAGUAUACUUUGUGUGGAUUCUGUGAAAGUUAAAUUGAUCUUUGUCUCUUACAAACAGAAAGAAAAUGAAUAAAUAUACUUAUAUUUUGAGCUUAAGUACAAUAAUCUGUAAGUACAAAAAUGGGAGACUGGAACAGAAAUAAAAUUUGAAUUUGAUGGAAAAAAA